AUGAAAUUACGCUCUCUUCGACCUGGCUUGCUUGCCAUACUGGCAGCGGUGGCGCCGGUUCAGGGCGACGACUGCAAAAAGGGAUAUACCCUCUGUGCUCCCGCUGGCGCAUCAUCGACAACAGCACCACAGAUUGGCAGCCCCGAAUUCCAGAAUCUGCUCACCGAUCUAAUAUCCUCCUCCCUCCCUCCGUCGUCGUCGAAUGCGAAGCGCGCCUCGGCCUCGCUCUGCUGCGUGUCCACUCUCUCCUGCCUGACUCUGGCCAACCUUGCGAUCCCAUUUUGUUAUGACAGAUUCACCACAAACUUCCUGCUUCCCGACAAUAGUUUUGGCACAGUUGCAAGCGGCCAGUACAGCUCGAAUAAUGGCGACCAGGCCAAUCUUUUAUCAGGAGACUAUACAUUGGCGAAUGGGCAGAAGGGGAAUAUUUAUGCCGAUAACCCCUCCGCGAAACCGAAUACAGCGACGUUGGCUCUUCCAUCUCAGUUCACGGCUUCAGGAGUAGGGAGUGCCAUUCCCGCCACCGCUUUAGGGGGGUUGGUAACCCUCACCUAUACCACCACCCUUCCAGGGACCACAAUCCCGGGGACAACUGUCUCUCCUACGACGAUCUCUGAAUCUAUUAUUUCGACUACGACGGUUUUGCCCCAAACAAUUUCAACAAAGGUGGCGGAUUCUUUAGUGGUGUCUACGGUGUUAGAUUCAUCGACAAUAAUUUCUACUGCUGCCCCAACUACAAUUCAGGGAACGACCAGAGGGGCAUCUACGAUCCCAGGCGCGGUGACUACUGUGACGACGACCCAGCUAGCUCCGGCAGCUACUACAAGCAAGAAAGGCGGCGCUUCUAUGGCGCGGGGCGAUGCCUUUAACUCUCUAGCUAGCCUUGUGAUUAUGAUUGGGCUACUCCUUUGCUACCCGUGA